AUUAUACACCCAUUUGUAUUGCAGUUUAAAUUCAUAGAAUGAUAUUAACUGAGGAGGACAUCGAUGGCAUCAUCAGCCAAUUGUGUGGCCUCAAAGCCGGCUACUGCGAGCUGGAGGCGGACGUGCUGGCCGCCCUCUGCGAACGGGUGCGCGAGGAGUUCGCCCAGAGUCCGAUGCUGCUCGAGAUGGACGGCCCGAUCAAUGUCUGUGGCGAUCUGCAUGGGCAGUUCGAGGAUCUGUUGCGCAUCUUCGAGGUGUGCGGCUGGCCGCCGAAGCACUGCUAUCUGUUCCUCGGUGACUAUGUGGACCGGGGCAAGAAAUCCCUAGAGACAAUGACGCUGCUCUUCGCCUACAAGCUGCGCUAUCCGAGGCGAAUGCAUCUGCUGCGCGGGAAUCACGAGUGUGCGAGCAUCAAUAAGAUCUAUGGGUUCUUUGACGAGAUGAAGCGUCGCUAUAGCAUCAAGCUCUGGCGCAGCUUUGUGGAUUGCUUCAAUAACAUGCCCGUGGCCGCUGUCGUUGGCCAGCGAAUCUUUUGCUGUCACGGCGGACUGUCGCCCCAAUUGCAGAGCCUGCAGCAGAUCCGGGACCUGCCACGGCCAACGGAUGUGCCCAAAUCGGGGCUGCUGUGCGAUUUGCUCUGGGCCGAUCUGAACUAUGCGGGCCAUGGCUGGGGCGUCAAUGAUCGCGGCGUUAGCAUUACCUACUCGGAGGACAUAGUGCGAGAGUUUCUCGUUCGCAACGAUUUCGAUUUGAUUUGUCGCGCCCACGAGGUGGUCGAGGAUGGCUAUCAGUUCUUCGGACAUCGCAUACUCCUCACCAUAUUCUCGGCGCCCAACUAUUGCGGGCAGAUGAACAACUCGGGCGCUGUGCUCAGAAUCAGCGAGAAGUUGACCUGCUCGUUCACCAUCAUCAAGCCCAUUGAGUACAACGCGCCCAGCAAGGACAUGGACAAGGAGAUCUCACUCCACUGAUGGAGCCUCUCUCGGUGCCCACUCCUGCUGCUACUCCUGCCAGCUGCUAACUUUUUAACUGAUUUUGUAACUUUAUAUAUGUAUAUAAUGUGAACAGGUCCAAGACGAAUUUCAUGAAAAUCAAA